AAAACAGACGCAUGAGUAAAGGAAUAGAGGGCUACCCCCCUCCUCCUCUCUUCCUCUCCCACUCUUUCUCCUCCAUUGACAGAGCUGAGAGAACGCUCCCCAGGUUAGACAUCCAGACAGACCUCUCUCCAGUACAUGGACUAUCUACCACAGCACACAAAACAGACACCUUCUAUUGUUUUGACUUUCGUUUGGGGGGGAAUUGUGUGUGUUUUCCUUUAAAAAAUCUGUCUUUCAAUGCAACAAUGAAGCUUUGUUGGACUUAAGUUUCCACAGAACCAGGAGCCGGUACAUCAGAACGCCGAAGAAGACUUAGGUCCAUUUUCAGAGUGAUCCUGUCGGGUUUUUGGACAGACUGGUUUCCAGGUGCGGUUGCUCCAACAGAGAUGGGCUCAGACGUACGUGACCUCAAUGCCCUGCUGCCCCCGGUGCCAGCCCUGCCAGGGGGGAAUGGGAACUGUACCCUGCCCGUCAGCAGUGCCCCUCAGUGGGGCCCUGUACUGGACUUCCACACUGGCGCCCCCUACAGCUCGCUGGCCCCCCACUCCUUCAUCAAGCAGGAGCCCAGCUGGAGCUCUGGGGAUCCCCAGGAGGACCCUCACUGUGGCCUGAGUGCCUUCACCCUGCACUUCUCUGGCCAGUUCACUGGCACAGGGGCCUGCAGGUACGGGGCCUUCGGGGCCCCCCCUCCACCCAGUCAGCCCCCACCAAGCCAGCCAAGGAUGUUCAGCAACGCACCCUACCUGACCAAUUGUAUGGACACCCAGCCCUCUUCCAGGAACCAGGGUUACAGUGCUUUCGAUGGUGCCACUAAUUACAGUCACACUCCCACACAUCACUCCUCCCAGUUCCUCAGCCACUCCUUUAAAGAUGAAAACUCCCUAGCUCAGCAGACCAGUAUGGGUGAGCAGCCGUAUUCUGUCCCUCCACCCGUGUAUGGAUGCCACACCCCAUCAGACAGCUGUACAGGCAGCCAAGCACUACUGCUGAGGAACCCUUACAACAGCAGUGAUAAUUUAUACCAAAUGGCAUCUCAGCUGGAAUGCAUGGCAUGGAACCCUGUUAGCACGCUGGCUUCCACCAUUAAGAGCCAUGCUACGGGUUAUGAAAGUGACCCCAACCCUCCCAUGGUGUAUAGCUGCAGCACCCAGUACCGCAUCCACACCCACGGCAUCUUCAGAGGCAUGCAGGAUGUCCGACGGGUGCCAGGUAUCGCUCCAGCCAUUGUUCGCUCAGAGACCAAUGAGAAGAGGCCAUUCAUGUGUGCAUAUCCUGGCUGCAACAAACGAUACUUCAAGCUGUCCCACCUGCAAAUGCACGGCAGGAAACACACAGGUGAGAAGCCCUACCAGUGUGACUUUACCGACUGUGGACGAAGGUUCUCCAGGUCAGACCAGCUCAAGAGACACCAGCGAAGACACACAGGGGUUAAACCGUUCCAGUGCGAGACGUGUCAGAGAAAGUUCUCGCGGUCUGACCACCUUAAGACCCACACCCGGACUCAUACAGGUAAAACAAGCGAGAAGCCCUUCAACUGCAGAUGGCCCAACUGUCAGAAGAAGUUUGCCAGGUCUGAUGAGCUGGUUCGUCACCACAACAUGCACCAGAGGAACCUGACCAAGCUGCAGCUUGCCAUCUGAGCCAGAUCUGAACCAGACCACUCUGCUCUGCAUACACACCGGCCUCGCUGCUCUCUAACACUCUGCCUACAUGAGACUCUGAAUCUCCAUCUCGUCAACGAUGCCUGUAGCACAAAGGGGACACGCAGCAGAGCAGGUCUAUCCACUAGAUAGCACAGCCACAAAGUAAAACAUGACUGCGUUGUAAAGAUUCAUAAAAACAACAAUGAGCUUUUUAGUCUUAAUUUAAGCUAAGGGUUAGGUAUAAGGUUUUAAAGAAGAGAAAUUGUAGAUAUUUAAAGAAGAGAAAUUGUAGGAAUAGGCGGAGUUUAUUGCUUUGUGGCUGUGGUAACAGAGCAGGGGGCUGACAGUCUUGUUCAUCUGCAUGUAGCUGUAGAGCCUCACCUACGCACAGUCCUCCAAACAGCCCCAUCUAAGGACGGUCCUCUGUCCAGAUGCUCUGAUCCAGAGGGUUAUUUUUAGUAAGACAUUUAAAGAGGGAAAAAAAAUGUUUCUGUCUCUUGUUGGUGUUGUAUACAGUAGAUGUGAAUGACUUUAUGCCUUUCAUUUGUAGUGUUACUUUGAGCAGUUUCAGAUUAAUUUAUUAUUUUAUCAUACUUUUGUGAAUUAAAAUAUCUUUCACUGGAAUGAUUUCUGGAACGGGGGACAUUUUUUACUUUGGUCCAGCAGCAUGUUCAGAAUCGCUUUCGUUCAGUCCACAAAUUUGAUCUGCACCAGGUAGUUGAAUCAUAAAGCUACAGUAAGUCUGCUUUGGUCUGUGAUGUUGUCUGUAAAUAUUGUUUCACUUUGACUGUGGAUUUUGGGGAUGUGAGUUAAAAAAUAUACAUGUAUCGUCACACUGGCUAUGUGGCCAAGAAGUUGUGCUAUUAAAUUAUGUAAA